AUGAGUAUUAGUAAGUACGUUUCGGAUCAAGCGUCAUUAUUGCAGGAUUUCUGCGAUGAGGUUGUGACAUUGACUGAUUUCGACAACAAGAAAUACAGGAUUGCAUUGGGUCUAAUUGCAUUCAAUCCUAUUUUCUGGAACGUUGUUGCCAGAUUGGAGCACAGCACUCACUUUUUGACGAAGCUUGCGGGGUCAGCUAAGAGAGGAUGCUAUUUGCUAGCUGCUACGAUUUUUUCUUUGGGGAUUGUGAGAGACUACUUCUACGAGGCAGCAUUGCGUGAGCAAGGCGUGAGUGCGAUGCUUUCUGCUCCUCUUUUCAAGUACAUUGGUAUGGCUUACAUUGGUCUAGGCCAGUUGCUAGUGUUGACUUCUAUGUACCAAUUGGGGAUCACGGGUACAUAUUUGGGGGACUAUUUCGGUAUUUUGAUGGACCACCGUGUGACCAGUUUCCCAUUCAAUUACUUCAACAACCCAAUGUACCAGGGUUCCACAUCCUCUUUCCUUGGGUACGCCUUGUACCACGGGAAGCCUGCCGGGUUGGUUGCAGCCUUGCUUGUGCACGUGAUGUACUCCAUUGCUUUGAAGUUUGAGGAGCCUUUCACUGCUAAGAUUUACGAGGCUCGUGCUUCAGAAGAGGCCAAGAAACAGAACUGA